AUGCACAAUAUACGUUGUUUUGUUUCGUCCGUCAGCCCGGAGCCUCCGGCGGCGGCGCCGCGCACGCUGUCCCCGCACGCGCAGGCGCAGGCGCACGCGCACGCGCACGGCGCACACGCGCACGCGCAGGCGCGCUCGCUGCCGCGCACGCCGCCGCCGCGGGUGGCUGCGCGCCCGCAGCGCGACCUCAAGCCCAUCUCCGUUAAGGGCAAGGACGGGUAUGAGAAGAUAGUGUACACAGAAGAGAAGCCUCCGGGCGGCGAGCGCAUGCGCCGGCCCUCGCCGCCCGCCGCGCGGGACCCGCCGCACGACGUCACCCCCACCAGACACGACAAGGGCCCGAGCGGCGCGCGCCGCGUGGCUCCGCUGCAGACCUCGCCCGCGCCCCUCACCCCCGACAGCGCGCCGGUGCCGGGCGCGGGCGUGUCGCGGCUGCGGCUCAUGUUCGGUCGCAGUGCGUCAAGAGACACUUCGAGACAGGAGUCGCCGGGCACGCCGCCGGCGCCGGUGGGGACGGGAGCGGGCCCCCCGCCCCCGCGCGGCGGCUGGGCGUGGCGCACGGUGCAGUACCCGCACCUGCAGUGCCCGCCCACCUUCGUGCCCGAGACCUACUCCCUCGCCGCCGCGCGCCGCCCGCGCCCCCACCCCCACCACCCCCCGCCCUCCUGACCGCGGCGCCCCCACCCCCACCCGGCCACCGGAGAUGUCUUCCCGACCGUUCACUUUUUAAAAUAAACACUAUCGAAAUUUGUUCUCCGAACCGAUAAUUUUCAAAAUGGAAACUAUAGAACUGCAACCGGAGAGAUCUAAACUUGACCGACCGGCCUGUAUCUGAACCGGUAAUACCGAAAGUAAAAAAAUCAUAUGAACGAAUGCCCAGGGUGCGUAGCCGAAUGGCACGAACGCUCACGAAACGAAACACUCGUAGAUAUCUAUCUCUAUCGCUCGUGCGUAUUGGCGCGACGGAGCCAGACUACCUUUCGCGGCGUAUCGUUUUCGUUUCGCGUCGUAGAAAUGCCAUUCGGCUACGGCAUCAGAAGUCAAAAAAUCUGUAUCGAAAAACCAGUAUGCGGCCCUCACAUUAUUUAUAAAAUUAAUUAUCUAUACCUACAAAAGGCGAUUCUAAUUAGCAAAACUGAUACAAAAAGCUUCCUUUGAGGUACGACCGUCGCAGACGUUCACGACGGUUCCACAUGACUUAUACAAAAUGUACUCAAGUAUGAAUUAGUACCUUUAACAGAUUCCACUCUAACUAGCUUUCAGUCCGUUAACUAGCAGAACAACUGUUUUAAUAAACUAUCAUUUUAAAUAUUUCCUAUAGCGUGAAAAUUCUAUAUUUUAUCUAGUUGAAAUGUUUUAAUGUACUGCAUGUCUUCCCCUUCAAUAUCUAUAUAGUAUAAUACCUACCUACACCUACACGUUUCUUUUUCUAUAAAUAUUUAAAAAUUACAAAAAUAAUCCGAUGAAUUUUAAUUAAAUCAUGAAGAUACUAACGAAUAUUUUAAAAUUAUUAUCGAAAAAAUCCGUGUCAUUUAUACACGUAUCAAUAAAAUUAUAUCAAUAUCCAUACACUCGUACAUUCUCAACUAGCAGUAGACAGAGACGAG